AUGACACAGGAGUUGAGUGCAAAUCGUUACAAAGCGUUUGUUGCGAAGAACAAUAAACUGGGAGCCAGCAGCUAUGCAGAUGACGGAGAGAGCAGGAGUCAAGGGCCUAGGCCUGCGAUGACUGACAGGAGCAGAAGCAAGACAAGUUAAGGUGACUGAAUCAGAAGAUGGCUGCAAAGACCUACAGGCCCAACAGCAGCAGAAGAGUGCUUUUAGGUGGACGAUGCAAGUUUGGGAACCUUCACGAUUUUGAGGACUUUGCGGUAACUAAGAACUUUAUAGCUUUUGGUCGUCAGUUUUGAGGACUUUGCUUAUAAAGGUCACUAAGUGAUUAAAUCUGCGUUUCCGGCCAAGCGUACCUCUCGAAAGACGCAAAGGACUUCUGACGGACUUCAUAAUCUCAACAUUCAGCUAAUGUUAUAUACAAGGGGCAAGGACACUAGAGGAUAGUUCUGUUUUAGGCCAAUUCUGUGCAGAAGUCAUUUCUUCAGUAGUGCCUAGUAUACACAAAAUGCUCACGUACAGUUAUGCCGAAAGAAGUUAUCAAACAAAGUUCUUCAGAGAGCACCAGCCACAAUAUGCUUUUGGUGAUUUUUGCAAGCAUAACAUUUUAAAAACUACUUGAAAAAGUUUAUCCAACUAUUCUAAAGUUUCAACCCACUUCCAUCCUUGUCAUCCGUAGGAACAUAUGACAGGAAACAGUUCACAUGCCUAAAUAUAGUCUUAAAUAACAAAACUGUAAUAUUAUUUUUGGAAUUCAGUUGAGGCGUAGAAACGUUUUAGCUUAAAAAGAUAGAAAAUAGUGUGACAGUGCCCCUUUAAGAUUGUGUUAACCUUUCUUUUUAAAAAUGGAGGGAAUACAGCAGUCGCAUUAUUAUUCUUUAUGCAUAUUCGUUAUGCCUGUUAUGCUUCGUUAUGCAAGACCUUUAACAUAAAUAAUCUAUGCUUAAGUGUUACUCAUCUAUUUAGCUAAAUGUACAUAUUUAAACAGUUUUAAAUAGCAAUUAAAGCGUUGUUGUUGGUUGUCAUCCGGUAAGAAUCAGCAUUUCAAGAGACUUAACAAUGUUUAUUUGGAUUUAUUCAGGAUACUUUUCGUGGUGGUAUCCCAUUAGAACUUAAACAAAACUAUCACCAUGGAGAGACUUCAACCGUGCGGCAAAUAUAUUCUUUGCAAAUAAUAUUCUUUGUAUCCACGAAGACAUUUAACAUUAUUCAUUUCGGAUUUAAAGAUGGCGUGUCAGUGGAAGCCUCGCAUGUCAUUUACCUUGAUUAACUUAGCAUUUUUUGGCAUUUUGAUCACGCUAACUUUGGUGGAAAUAAAGAACGGUAAGUGAACUAACUAAAUAAAUACUAAUGAUACCAUAAAUUCAACAGAAACGAAACUGCCUUGCCUGUGAUCUCAGUGAAAUCGAAUGGAAACUGAAUCGAUAAACUAAUCUGUUAUUUAUUUCAGCCAUUUCAUGUUACAAGACACGUAUCACAACAACUCAACAACAACAACUUUAAUAAUACGAUAUACGAUAUCAAGGAGCUUUUAGAACCAAAAAAGAUGACAGAGUGAGAUAUUGAAUGCUUGUAAGUUGUUUCUAUCCUUUAAGUGUGUAUAAAAUUUAUUCAAGCGUAUUGCUUUGGCAUCCAUGCCAGAAAUAAACGUUACCUGACUAUUUACAGACUCCCGUUACCCUGUUUUGUAGAAUAUGCUCAAACUGAUGCGUCAGAUAUAAUGAAAAUACUAGAAAAAUUAGACGCGUUUUAGGCCCGAGUGGAGCGCUGUACCGGUUCACAUGAUCAAAACUUAAUUCACAGUUUGGUUUGACCUAAAAUUAUUCAGUCGGCUUUUGAGUCAAAACGUUGAACUUAAUGCAGCCGAACGUAAGAAAAGAAAUGUAGAACCCGUCUUUUUGCUUCAGGUUUUUGCUUAGUGCUUGCUAGCGACGGAAGCCGAGAGAGCGGAAACCGUGAAAUGGAGAUGGAAAAAGCCAUCCCUUGUACUUACUAUUAAUGAAGGAGGCGGACACGAAAGCAUAUGGCAGAUACGGAGACAGAAACAAAUUAAAAUUUUCCUUCCUUCCCUUCCCUUUAUCCUUCUCCGUAUUUCGUUUCAUUUUCAGCCGUAUAUCUAACCAACCGAGUAGGUCUACAUCCCAGUUAAAACCAAAAGCCACAACGGGGACAGAGAGCUUCAGCCAAGGCUCUAUCCCAAUCCUUCAAGCCCUGACGCUUGGAAUACCCAUUGUUGAAAGUUCUUUUCUAGGGGGAAUUAGCGGGUUUUUAGUCUUCGACAAAAGGAUGAUGCUUGCUACGUUUUUUUUACUUUCUUUUUUUGCCUGUCUAUACAAGUCUGUUAUUCUUUAAAAACUUCGCCAGCUAAAAUUCUCUCUCCGAUCAAAACUGUAACGCCUCCCCCUUUUUAUGAUGACCAGAAAACCCAUAUAAUACCUUAAUACGUAAAACUUCUGUGAUUGGCUAGGUGACAUUCAUUAGCAUUGAGCCUUCGAGUGGUUUACCCUUUCAAAACACUGUUCUUUCUUAGACCCCAUUUACACGGGUCAAGGCUGACAAAAUUUUUGAACGGACAAACCUUGCACGGAUACGCCUUUCGUUCACACGGAAACCGAGCAAACGUACAUGGACAAGUUUUUGAACGGCAAACAGCAUGCAGUACUGCAAUUUGUAACAGAAUUUGGAUGGUUCAGUGCAAACGAAUUGCAAAGGUAAAAAAUUCGUCCGUUCAAAAAUUUGGCAAGAUGGCCGUGUACACAGUCAACUUUCGGCUUGCUGACACCUCGCCAUAACGCACACCCCGAUAAUACCGACAGCGGCCAAAUCCCGGGCAAAAAUAAAUUACAGAAGUUUGACUGAAAUAAACUUCCGCUAUUACGGACUCUCGCUAAUGAGGACACUAACUCGAGGUCCCUACAGUGUCCACUAUAAGGGAGUUGAUUGUAAUCGGGGUCUCAAACUUCACCUUUUAAGGCAUAUGUAUUUUUACGAUAAGAAGAGUUGCCGCGAAAGCUUACCAAAAUAGAACAUCUAUUUAACACCGGAUCCAUCAUGACAGGGGAAGAUCGCGACUUGUGUCAAUCGCAAAAACUUUAAGGGGUGCCUUGUAAAACUAAACAAAGAAGGCAUGCAUUUCGAUCUAAAACAUCCCAUAGUUAACCAAUCAUAUAGAAAUUGCAGUAGGGCGAAAAAAAUUUUGCUGAAACUUCCAUUGCUUGCAUUUUUAUUGCUUAACAAUACUGAAAAUCGCAAGGCUCACAGUAGAUAUUUACCUCAGAAGUUGUGUAAUUCAUCUCAGAAAAAUUCCCUUUUCACGUUAAAUAAGGUCAUGGACUAAGUGCCGGAAUAAGACAAAAACACUCUCCUUUUUGUUCUGUUUCAGAAGGGACUGGAAUCCAGACCAAUGUGUCGGUAAGUAUUACAUACUACAUAAUGCAAUAUGAAAUAGAAGUGCGUAAUAUUGUGUUAGUCACAAAAUGCUAGAAUGUCUCUGUUUCUCAGCAUCAAAUCCCGGAUAUAUAAGAACCUAACGUCCAUGACAAUUUUCUCCAAUUCUAAUUGGCAAUCGGCAGACCUGAUUUUAUCCCGAAUAGGACAGUACGUGUUAUGGGACACUGAGGCACGCUUGUGCAGGUGCUAAUAUCUCUGCUUAGCAUAGUCCAGUCAAGAGAGAAUUCAUUCUCUCUUGUUACUGUGGAACGACCAAUCACCUCUCAUAAGCGACCACUUCCCAUCAGCAUCGACCACUUAUCCAAAACACCAGCAAACUUUUCCCAGUCAAAACUUUACAGUUGGAACCUCUCGUAAACGGCCAUUGCUGUACACGACGGCGCGGACCACUUUUCGGGGAUGACGGUUUUAUAAUUCUCCAUUGUUCUUAACCAUUUGCAAGCAACCACUUGAUGUAGCACCCUCCCCCCAACAAAGAAAAAAUGGAGGGGGAGGGUGUGGGUACACGUAGGCUAACUAUACGACUGAAUAACUUGAACCAUACAUAUCAUAACUCAGAAACUGCGUGCAAUAAAUUAUCUUCAUAAAGUCAGAUGAGUCAGAGCGUCUGCUCGGGUAGCUAGUCUUCAUUUGGUGGUCGCUUAUGGGAGGUCAGUACUGUCUGUUUUUAGUUUCAGUGCCGGAGUAAUUGCCUCAAAGAAACGUUAUUAGUAUGUUACUACAGCUUAUAUCCUCACUAGAUACCGAAUAGACAUUUAAGCUCAUUUUUUAGUAAAGUUAAAAAGAUGUUAAUUCUCAUUAUAUCGACAUUAUAAGCGAGUUUAAACUUAUCCAUUAAUUUCUCUGUUGUCCAAUCAGAUUACAAGCACAGACCAAAUAAAACGUUCUUACCUUUUUGCUGGGUUUGGCUGCAACGAUUCAGGAUGAAAACUCUUCAUGAUAAUUUUUCUUUUUUACUUUUCAGACAAUGACCGACAGAUCAGAACAAUAUCGUGACAUGGCUGGAACACAAGAAAGGAGAAAACAGCAGCUUAAAAAUUACUGCUUAGUACAUAAUGAUCAAAAGUUACCCUGGGAAAAAAAACGACAACUCGAGCAAUUUCUUAUCGACGAUGACAAUAAAUUUAUUUACUGUGCCGUUCCUAAGGUGGGAAGUACUCCAAUGAGGAUGACAAUGUUACGUUUGAGAAAUGACAGCAACUUAAAACUUACAGAAAGUUCAGUUCAUUCUCCAACGUUUUGGAAACGUUUAAGUGAUGACGAAUUCAAUACAAGAGAGUUAUCGAAACGCUUAUCUACACAUUUCAAGUUUCUGUUGGUUCGCGAUCCGUUUCACCGACUUCUAUCCGGCUACAAAGAUAAAUUCUUUGGAAAAAAUAGACGUUACUCCAACAGAUUUCGUCAAAUGAUAGUGAAAGCUUUAAGGCCACAGGACGAGGAAAAGGUUGCAACAGCGACGAAUAACGUUACGUUCACCGAGUUUCUAACGUAUCUCUUAUCUGAUGGAAACCCGAUGAUUCGCGAUGGUCACUGGAAGCAAGUAGAAAAUCUUUGCUUUCCGUGCGCUUUUGACUUCGACUUUAUUGGCCAUUUUGAGACGCUUCAAGAGGACGCAGAUUAUUUGUUGAGUAAAGCGGGUUUUAAUGACCGUGUUAAAUUCCCAGUCGUACGGACAUCACAGGUUUCUCGAGAUUUCUUAAUGUAUUACUCAAAAGUUCCACCGGAAAUUAUACUUAAGCUGGGAGAGGCUUUCAGGAGUGACUUUGAAAUGUUCGGCUAUGCAUUUCCUGGACCUCUUAAAAGUAUAAUUAAAGACUACUUGAGUGAUAGAGCAGGCGAUAGAGUCAAUUAA